UUGACCAGCUGGUGGGCUCUCUUCACCGCUUAACUUAACUGGAAGCUUACGUCCACCAUAUAAAUUGUUGAGAUUCUUCGUUAUCCUCCAAAUAUCCUUCCAAGCUUAAGCACUUGGCACCCUUCCCUCUCUAUUUGCAAAGUUUUCUUUGUCUAGCAGUUCGCUCCUGAUUAAUGGACACUCAGAACUUACUCUUCUCCUUGUUCUGUUUCUUUCUCCUUUCUCUUUUCUCAGGUCAACAACAAAUUGUUGAGGGUUCAAGGGUGUCUCCGUUCGCUUUCAGACCCCAGAAGCUCUUUGUGUUUGGAGAUUCCUAUGCUGAUACAGGGAAUAACAGGAAAGCUUUAGCAAGUUCCUGGAAAUUUCCUUAUGGAAUUACGUUUCCUGGGAAACCAGCUGGCCGUUUCUCUGAUGGGCGUGUCUUGACUGAUUACGUUGCCGGCUAUUUGGGAAUCAAGACACCCAUACCAUACAGGUGGAGGAAAGAGCUGGCUGGUCGCCUUAAGUAUGGAGUGAACUUUGCUUAUGGAGGCACGGGUGUUUUUGACACGUUGGUUCAGGAGCCAAACAUGACCACCCAGAUCGAUUUCUUUCAACAGCUCCUCAAUGACUCGGUCUACACCAAGCGGGGCUUGAAAACUUCUGUCGCACUUGUCAGCGUUGCAGGCAAUGACUAUUCAGCUUACAUUGCCAGGAACGGUUCUGCUGCGGGUUUUCCAGCUUUCAUCGGAAGCGUUGUGAGUCAACUUACGGUGAACUUGAAACGCAUCCAUGGCUUGGGAGUGAGGAAAAUAGCCGUCAGUGCCCUGCAACCAUUGGGAUGCCUCCCUCAAAGCACCGCCCAAUUCUCCUUUGAACAAUGCAAUGCAACAGAAAACACCCUUGUUAAUCUCCACAACCAGCUGCUGGUUCAAGCUGUGAACAAUUUGAACAAACAAACCAACAGCACCUCUUUCAUUGUUCUUGAUCUUUAUGAUGCCUUUUGGACCGUUUUCAAUCAGAAAGAAGCUCAUCAAGUAAGUCCGACAUUUGAGAACCCAUUUCAACCAUGCUGUGUUGGGGUGACUGCUGGAUUUUCAUGUGGAAGUGUAGACGAACAUGGGGUAAAGAAGUACACACUUUGCUCAAAUCCUAAAUCAACAUUCUUUUGGGAUACAGUUCACCCUACACAGGAAGGAUGGCAGGCUGUAUAUUCAACUCCAGCUUUUCAAAACAGCCUCAAGCAACUGUGAUAGGAAUUACCAUGGAAUGGAUUAAUAAUGUUUGGGAGUUGUAACUUUGUAAUGCUUUACAUUUUGUUUCAGGUGUAUGUGGAAUUCCCUGUUAUCUCUUUAUUCAUUUGUUUAGUACUUUUCCUAUUGAUGUAAUCUUGGCUUGAGGUUAGAGUAAAAUUGUAUGAAAGCAAUAACGAAAGUUCUUCCCCAGAACCUCUGGUCGAA